AUGCUGCGCCGGAAAAAUGGCGUCCAAACGUGCGCGUCCAAUCGUGCGCGCCCAAACGUGGUGAUCCGCCUUACACUUCUUUUUUCAAUUUUGAAAAAUUUUAGGCACAACUCGGUUCUAUCCUCAAAAAUGAUGUCUCAAGCAGAUUCUGGUCGGAUAAUACAUCUUGAAAAGAGGAGAGAACGUGCAAAAGAAGAUAUUGAAAAGCAAAGAUUAAAAUUGGAAGAAGAAAAGAAAUCUUUUGCUGCUGGUAUUUCUAGUAAAUUUACAACAAAUGUUGAUCAGAUUGAAGAAAAGUUUAAAGCUAGUACAGUUGGUCUAGUAACUUUAGAUGAAGUUAAAGAGAGACAAAAUGAGAUUUAUUCUCUAAAUAAAGAAUUAUCAAAAGUAACGGACGAUAAUGAACAAAAACCGAGAUUUGAUAGAGUAGUUCAGAAGAGAGUUUUAUCCUUCAAAAAUUUUGAUGAUGAGGAGGAGGAUGAAAAACCAGUUGUUAUAGUAAAGAAACGUUUAGGAAUGGACCCAACUGUUGAUACUUCAUUUUUGCCUGACAGAGAACGUGAUGAACAAAUUCAAAGAACGUGAAAAA